ACACACACACACACACACACACACACACACUUCUUUGUCCUUUAUCUGUGGUGUGUCCAUCACAUAGCCCGUGACAGUAUUUAUCUGCAAGAAAUACUUUAGAUGCCAUGGUUUUUUCCUUUAUCCCACCAUUUCAUUGAAAGCAUGCAUGUCAUAUAAACACCCAUUUAUCCAUUAGCUCCUUUAAGUUACAACAUGAUGUACACACUGUUAACUGUAGGAUUACCACUCUGGAAUUUCCAGAGUGGUAAUCCUACAACAUUCCUAUUACAUAUUACAUUGUACCUGAUGAUACAUUCAUUUGGUUGUGGGUUACUAAUUUUGUACGAAUUUGUCUUAAUUUGUUUUUGUUUACCAUUAAUACAGGAGAAAAGAUCAGCUCAUGGCCACCAGAUGUCGCCAGAAUCCACUAUUUCCAGAAGCUCCAUUUUUCAGCUGGAUGUAGUUGCUGAGGUAAUGAAAAGGAUGUUUCUGCUCCUGUCAGGUGCUUAUCACAAGGUGAGACAUUUGUUUCUGACUGAACACAUAACUAGACUGUACUCUUUUGUUAGUUUGUUUCACAGAGAGGAAAAGAAAUCAUACAGUCUGACCAUCUGCUUUGAAGCUAUGUCUAAAACAUGGACGCACAAGCAUAAAACUCGGUUGGAAAGACCGUGGGGAUGUUUUGUGUAUGAAGGUCUUCGUGAGUAGGUGAGAUGACAGAAAACCUUCCCAUAACCUCUCUUUGUUAGACAGCUGUGACAACACUCCUGUAUUUCUCCUUAAUGUAGUCUGUGUGAGGGUGUGAGGAGAGAAGAAACCUAGCUGGUGGUAAUCAGUGAGCGGCUGCGGAGCUGCCGCGGAGCUGCCUCCCUCUGGGGUUAUAAGGUCUUUCUCUCUCGCUCUCGCCCUCUCUCUCUCUCUCCCAGUCGGUAUCAAUCUGUCUCUGGUGCGUGAGCGCGCGCCGCAACUGUGAUCGGCGCGCGGAUGAUGAUGAUGAGAACGUGACCUCACCGCUUUCUGCACAGCUGCUGGUGAGAGGAGGGGGAGACAGAGAGAGCGAGCGAGACACAGAAACACGUUGUGGGGGAGAGAGACGCACAGAGAGGUACAGAACAGCGGAGAACAUUCACAACACAGCGGCAACAGCUCGGUACACGGAGACUCCGUCGUGGGGCGUCCUCGGGCUGCUUCUCGCCGGUCCGCCCCCCAGAAUGUUCUGUGCUCCCGGUUCACUUCCACGGUACACGAACCAGUCGCCGCGGCGUCCCCACGGACACUGAAGCCCAGAUGCUCACCCUCUCCGCCGACAUGGACGAGUCUUCGUCGCUUCUGGAUCUCCUGGAGUGCUCGGUGUGCCUGGAGCGCCUGGACACCACGGCCAAGGUGCUGCCGUGCCAGCACACCUUCUGCCGCCGCUGCCUGGAGAACAUUGUCAGCUCCCGGAACGAGCUCCGCUGCCCGGAGUGCCGCAUCCUGGUGGACUGCGGGGUGGACGACCUGCCGGCUAACAUCCUCCUGGUUCGCCUCCUGGAUGGUAUCAAGCAGCGGCCCCAGCGAGGGAGCGGAGGAGGAGUUGGAGCGGGCGGCAGGCAGUCCCUGGCCGGGGGCUCGCUGCAGGGAUACGCAGCCGGGACAUCCGCUUCCCCCCCGGGCAGUGCGAUUAGAGAGCUGCCCGUAGCCACCAGGAGCUCCCCUGUCAAGAACAUCCCAGCGCUGCCUUGCGGUAAAGCCCUCUAUUCCUACGAGGGAAAAGAACCUGGCGAUCUCCAAUUUUCCAAGGGUGACAUCAUCAUCCUGCGACGCAAGGUGGAUGACAACUGGUAUCAUGGCGAGCUCAACGGAUGCCAUGGUUUCCUGCCUGCCAGUUAUAUCCAGCUGUUGCGUCCCCUGAGCCAGACUCCUCCCCAGGGCAAAGCGCUGUAUGACUUCGAGGUCAAAGACAAAGACCAGGACAAGGACUGUCUGGCCUUCAGCAAGGAUGAGGUACUGACAGUAAUCAGGCGAGUGGAUGAGAACUGGGCAGAGGGCAUGCUGGGAGACAAGAUUGGCAUCUUCCCUAUUCUCUACGUGGAGUUAAAUGAAACAGCCAAGCAGUUAAUGGAGAUAGACAAACCUACGCCAACUAAUGUUCCGGGACCAAGCUCUGAGCCAGCCCCGCUGGGCCCCUGCUCUCCUGGUCCCUCCCCCAGUGCCUCUCCGUCCAAUGGGAACGGCUCUGGCCACCGGAGAGGCGAAGGAAAGAAAAACACCAAGAAGCGGCAUUCGUUUACGGCACUGUCCGUCAGCCAGAGGGCCACCCAACUCAACAACAGACACAGCAUGGAGAUCUCCCACCCGGUUCUCAUCAGCUCCUCUGACCCCAGAGCGGCUGCACGCAUCCAGGAUGCAUCUCCGCCAGGUCCCUCUCCCUCCUCGGCAGGGGUACUGGUGCCCCCUAAAGUGGCAUCCAUAACCUCUGAGCUGCUGGCCCAUGCCAAGGUGCAGCUGCCACUCAACAUAUAUCUGGCUCUAUAUGCCUACAAACCCCAGAAGGCUGAUGAGCUUGAACUUAGGAAAGGAGAGAUGUAUCGGGUGACAGAGAAGUGUCAAGAUGGAUGGUUCAAAGGCACCUCACUAAGAACUGCUGCCUCCGGUGUCUUCCCAGGAAACUACGUCACCCCUGUGUCCAGGGCUCCAUUUGGAGUGGGUGCUCGCAGCUCAUGUCUGUCCAGUCCAGUAGGUGGAAGUGGAGGAGGAGGUGGUGGAGGUGGGGGAAGUGGUUGUAGUCAGGUUGGGGGUAAAAUCUCUGACCCCUCGUCCCCAGGGUCCCCGGGGCCCUCUUCGUCCCGUCCCUCCACCCCACUGGUAAACUCAGCCAACUCUGUUAACACCGUCAGUCCCGCCUCCUCUCCGCAAACUGCCGCCGCCCAGCUGAAGAACUGCCUGCGCUCUAGCCAACAUACGGUCCACCAGGCGCGCACCUCAAUGCAGCUGGUCCACAGUCCUCCUGCUGGAAGUCCAGAGUGCCCCACAGUGGCCCUCUCUCCUCUGCGUUCUCAGAGCUCCUCCCCCUCACGUUGCCCCGGCCAGCCAGGUCGCCCUCUCUCAAUGGUGUCUCCAGGACCCAGCUUAGGGCCUUCACCCCUCUCCUCCCCCGCCUCACGGCCCCUCCUCCCGCUCUCGUCCCCUCUCUCGUGUCUCACACCUCCUAACAUGUCAGCGGUGCUCAUCAACGGCGAGCAAGCCAGUCCGCUGCAGUCACCAUCGCCGGGCCCCUCCCACGCCCCCACCCAGGGCGCCAUCGCACCCAAAGCAGAGAAGAAGGAGAGGAAAGCAGGGGGUUUAUUAAAGCUCUUAUCAGGGGCAGCGGCCAAGAAGAAACCUCGCUCGCCUCCCUCCUCCCCGCCCACCCACAACCCCUCAUUGGCCGGCCAAGGUGCCAUGGCCACAGACCCCACACACCAUCCUCACCACCAUCACCACCACGCUCGCUCAGGUUCCUGCCCAAUGGCAUCACAGGGGCGAGCCGGGUCCUGUCCAAUUGAGAGCGACAUGGCGGGGGCCAUAGGGUUGGAGCCGCUGCACAGGAAGUCCGGCUCCCUGGACACCAACUUCCCCAUGUCGCCCCCGGCAACUCGCACUGGCAACCCUCUGAUGGUCCUGCGACCUGAACCCAAACCACUGUCCAGGGAGAGGUAUCGCGUGGUGGUGCCCUACCCCCCGCAGAGCGAGGCAGAGAUCGAGCUGCGGGAAGGGGACGUGGUGUUCGUCCAUAAGAAGCGGGAAGACGGCUGGUACAAAGGCACCCUGCAGAGGACGGGGCAGACUGGCCUGUUCCCCAGCAGCUUCGUCGAGAGCUUCUGAACUGGAAAAAGUGGACAGAAGAACACACACUGUUCCUCUUUCUGAGUCCCAAAACACACAGACAUGCAACCAGUUCACACACAAAGGUUGGGCCGAUAUUGGUUUUCCAGAAUUACACUUUUGGGUUAAAUAUGGAAACUGACCUGCAAAAACACCAGUGUAAAUUUGCCUUAAAAAGCUGCUAGCCCAAAAAAUAAGAAAUUAGUCUGGAUUUCAAUGAAGAAUUUUAGUUUCACACAAUGAUGGAAAUUGAUGCAUUUUGGAGUUUUUCACAGAAUAACCUGUCAAUAAUCACUGGACUUUAAAAUAAAAACAUAUUUGAUACUGUCACAAAACAUCAUUCAUUUUAAUGGUCUUCAGAAACCUGUAUCGGUCCAACUAAUUCACACACACACACAGGAAAGCUAGCUACCAGCUUCGACCAGCCCAGCCACAUAAGGAAGCGGGGCAGCUAUUCCCAUUAUUCACCCGGCGACAGCAUUAGGUCAGAGGGGGGCCUCGUUCGACUCGCUGUCCACGACUCAUGAUGUUUGACUACUGAAGGCACACAGACUCAAAGAGCACAGAAAGACAAAACCCUGCCUCCCAGCUCUCCUCCUUGGCACCAUCCACCAGCAAACGCUAGCACAAAAAGCAUCAGCUCUGCUUUUCCACUGAGACCUCAGAACUUGAAUCCGGGUGCUUUCUUUGUUUGAAAAGUGAAAAUUUACCACCAGGUGAUGAGGGAAUUGUGUGAGCCUACAUGCCAGGAUCAUUGUAAGCACAUUAUCUGUGUCUGGUUUGUGACAACAAGCACAUGUGUUUUUAUUUCAACCCAGUACAUGUUAAUGACAAUGCAUGUAGCAUUAUUAUGUUUUUUAUAUGUUGAAAUAGAUGUUUGUGUUGUCACAAACUAGCCAUGCUGUGAUGAUCUGUCACAGGAUUUUAAAUUUUAAAACAAAAAGUAAAAUAUGAAUUAGGUGAUUCAUUUUUCUAUUUAUAUAUCUUGUAUAAAUUUAUACAACCAUUUUUAUUUACAUUUGUCCUUCAUAGACCUCUCACAGCUACAGUGAACAGAAUUAUUGGCUUGCUGAAUGUAGAAAGAAACAGAAAGUCAAAACUCUUUAAAGAAUUUGGAUUUAGAGAGUUGUUUUUUGAUAUUCUGUGUGGGACUAGAGACAAAGAAAUGCACUUGAUAGUAUCUGAUACACCUUGCCAAUAUAUCUACAUACACAGUAUUUUACACACUGUUAUUUAUUUGACAAAAGGGAUUUCCAUUGCUACUUCUUACAUUAUUGUAUUUUAGGAGCAGGCAUAAAUCUGUUUGGCAGGUAAAACUCUAAAACCUAUUAUUCCGCCAUUUUAGUUUAAAACACAUGAGUUAAUGGUCCCAGCAAACAGCAACAGGAAUUCCUCAUCCUCAGCCUUUUCUUGAGAUACUGUAGAGAGUUUUUUUGUUUUUUUUUUCCCUGAAUGCAGCGAUAUUGUGAAACAAACCGUGUGCAGGUUGGAUGCUCAUGGAAGAAUGUACACUUGAGGCAGAAACACCUGCAAGUCCGAGGGCAGGGAUGCAAAUUUUUCAUCACGCAACUGCCAACUUUUGACUAGGACUUUCCCUGUGAUCUUGUCAACCUUUAACAAGUAUUUUUGUACGGCUUCAGUCAGUGUACAGUCAGUCUGCUUUGUGAAUUUUGACGUCCUGAGUGUGGAUUCAGGCUUGUCUAGUUUACAUCUAGCCACAACCAUCUACCUUUUUUCCCAUUUCUGGAGAUAGAAGCACAGCGAAACUCAGAGCUUGACUUGCUCACUGUGUGUGUGUUUGUGUGUAUGUGUUUGUGUGUGCGUCAGAGAGUGAGAGGUCGGCAGGAAAGAACACAGUUACAGAGCAGGAGUGGCUUUCCUCACCAUGUUUAUUCUUCUCUAAACUGGGCCAGAACAAAGGGCACAAACUGCUACUGGCCAUAUGCACACAGAUGAGGCUCUCUGAUUGGCUGAGCACACGUUUGUCUAAUUGGUUCUAAUUGGAUCAUAACCAACUGAGAGUCUGUCAGUGGAUAAGCACACUUGAGUCACCUUGGUUAACUGGAUUCAUGUCAUAUGGAAAAGAUACAUACAAACAAACAGCGAGAGCUCAGAUGAUAUGUCAGAAUCAAAAGUGUCGUUCUCCCCCACCACCACCCUUUACAUGUGAUAGUUUGAUCCAUAUCAACUUGAACCUGAAGUGAUACCCUGUUGUGGUAUUGCCAUAGAGGAGAAGAAAGCACAAGCAAUUUGUACUUGUUUUGUUUUCCCCAUUAUUAGAUUGUUGGUGGAAGAAAAAAAUCAACCCUAAUCCCCUUAAACUGUGAGGGAAAGUGAACAAAAUAU